UCCGCGCUUUGAACGGGGUUGCGCCCGUUUUAUGGAGUUUUUCCUCGAUUUUUUUCUUUUUCCCAUGCCCGCCGCUCCUCCUCUGCGCGGAGGGCGGGUGGCUCAGCCCUUCAGGGAUGGUUCAGGGCCAACAUGGCCGCCACCAUGAAGAAGGCGGCUGCAGAAGAUGUCAAUGUCACUUUUGAAGAUCAACAGAAAAUUAACAAGUUUGCAAGAAAUACCAGCAGGAUCACAGAGCUGAAAGAAGAAAUAGAAGUGAAAAAGAAACAGCUUCAGAAUCUGGAGGAUGCCUGUGAUGACAUCAUGCUGCUGGAUGACGCUGAUUCCCACCUGAUUCCCUACCAGAUUGGGGAUGUGUUCAUCAGUCAUUCCCUGGAGGAGACACAGGAGAUGCUGGAGGAGGCAAAGAGGAGUUUACAAGAGGAAAUUGAAGCAUUGGAAUCCCGAGUGGAGUCGAUCCAGGGGGUCUUGUCUGACCUCAAAGUUCAGCUCUAUGCAAAGUUUGGAAAUAACAUAAAUCUGGAGGCUGAGGACAGUUAAAGCUUUUCUAAACACAACACCCAACUUUUCCUUAGGUUAUUAAAUGUUUUGAUAACAGUGCUGCAAUUACAUUUGAGAAAAGAAAAUCUGUCCCUUUCUUUUUGUUGGUUUGUUUUUUUUUACUUUCCUGUAAAGUUCUGUAUAUUUAAUGAGAACUUCCUUAUUUUGGUUAUUGCAGUUAUUUAUUUAUUCAGGAAAACACAGACUUCAGAUUGGAAUAUUUGCAUUGUUUGUUAAGGCAAUAAAGCCAGGCAUGUAUUGGA